UGAAAGAGCAGAGACAAGGAAGGCCGGUCUGUCUGAUCAGACACCAUUGAAGAGUUGCUUUAAAAUGAAGCCACGUUUGGAGGUUGUGCUGUUUUUGUGUGCACUGCUUCCUCUCUCGUAUGGACAGGACCCUUUGGGCUGGUUAUUUCAUCGACACUUCCAGGAACAAUAUUAUGGCUCCCUGCAGGCGAACUCCACAGGAGACACCUGUCCGGAUGAGUGCGACUGCCCCCCCACUUUCCCUGUUGCCAUGUACUGCGAUGGGCGGGGCCUAACAGCUAUGCCAUCCAUCCCCUCCCGCAUCAAGUACCUGUACCUACAAAACAAUGCCAUCACGGCUCUGCCCGAAUCAGCCCUGAGCAAUGCAACCAACCUGGUGUGGCUCUUCUUGCAUCACAAUCAGCUGACAUCUGAUGCCGUGGACCAAAAGAUAUUUUUGAAGUUGGAGGGACUGGAACGCUUAUAUCUACAACACAACAACUUGAGCAGCAUUCCUCCAAGCCUUCCUCGCUCCCUGCGAGACCUGAGAAUCAACAACAACAAGAUUGAAAAGGUAACACCUGCAGAUCUACAGGGAAUGGAUAACCUCACUCUCCUCCAUCUUCAUGACAACGCCAUCACAGAAAUGGGAACAUCACUUAAAGGUCUCAGGUCCCUCACUCUGCUUGACAUCAGUGGCAACAAGCUGACAAAGAUUCCAGAUGAUCUGCCUGAACAUCUGCACCAGUUCUACCUGGAGUCGAACUCCAUCAACUCUCUGCCUGAAGGUUUCCUGAGCGGGUUAGCUCAGCUGCAGUAUGUCAGGAUGGCCCACAAUCAGCUGACAGACAAGGGAAUCCCCCCCAACACUUUCAAUGUGACAGGACUGGUGGAGCUGGACCUGAGCUACAACAAACUGGAGAGAAUCCCGCCUGUCAGCACCACGCUGAAGCACCUUUACUUGCAAGCCAAUCAGAUUAAAGAGUUCACCGUGGGGAGUUUCUGCACCGUUGUGGACGUAACAAACUUCUCCAAGCUGCAAACGCUGCGACUGGAAGGAAACGAGAUCAGUCGGGAGGACAUCCCUUCAGAAUCAGCCCUCUGCCUGCGUCAGGCUUUCAGCAUCGACGUUUAACCGUAUGUGCGUGAGACGACGUGCAUCGCGCUUUCACUC